CCGGAAGUGUCACAUUUUUAUAUUUUGUGUCGCCUCCGGUACAGCGGUGUUGAUCUCUGCUUGAAAACGACGGAAAACUGCUGGAAACCAGCAAACCUUGACACGCCGGGUCGAUUUAUCUUUCAGAUGGUGGGUUGUGUAAUGUUGUGUUUUGGAGAUGGAUGAUGAGCUGGAGCACUUCAUCAGGGAACAGAAGGCGAAAGUGGCAGAGGAUAAAGCCAGUCUGGAGCAAGACCCUCCUUAUAUGGAAAUAAGGAAAUCCCACAGAGCUUAUGAGUCCGCCAUUAAGGAGAAUAUCCCUCCUAAAUCUGCAGCACAUGGGAAAGAGGAGAGUUACGGUGUGGGUCUGCCUCUCGGAGUGGACUAUGAGAGGAAGAAGCAGAGGCUGCAGCAUGAGCUCCGUUUGGACUACAGGCGCUACAUGUCUCAGAAAAAACAUCUUGACACUGUUGAACCUAGACCAUCAGUUUCCCUUGAAGACAGGAGGCCUGACAAGGAGCAUCACGGCCCUCAUCCUCCUCCCCGACAGCUGCUGUCUGAGGGCCAGCGCAGCCCCAAACAGGACCUUCCCUCUAGGAAGGAUGCAGCCACACUGACAGAGGGCAGGAGGGGGGUGCACAGAGUACUGCGUCGGGCCAGGGGCAAGACUUCCUGCCUAGAUGAGGAAGAAGAGGAGGAGGUGUUGCUGGCUACCAGGCACAGAGGCAGGCUUGGGAGGCUGAUGGACCAGGAGUCAGAGGAAGAGGAGUGUACCGAAGAGGAGCUGGAGCUAAUGGAGGACAUGAGGCACAGACUCACGGGGAUGGGGGCUGGCUUUGAGAAGAGAAGAUCCAAUAAGACCGAUGGCAGAGAUUUGAGAAGGCUUGGAGACAGACGAGUUGACCCCUCUGAUGACUGUGGAGAUUCAAAUCAUUAUGGACCAAACCAUGAGAGGGAGAGGAGGCAGAAUCCAUCAGGGGGCAUCAAAGGAGGCAGGAGAUUUAGGACGCCAGUGAAUAAGGAUGAAGCUGAAUUUGCCACCAGUCUAAUGAUAGGAGCUGCUGAUGCAGAGGAGGCUUUGCAGAGGAGGAAAGAGCGCUACCGGCAGGAGCUGCAAGAGCAGAUAGCCGAGCAGCACAGGAACAGAAAGAGGGAGAAAGAUUUGGAGCUGAAAGUUGCUGCCACAGGAGUGACUGACCCUGAGAAACAGCCGGACCGAAUCAGGCAGUUCGGACUGAGCAGGAGAAAAGCUCCCCAGGUUGUGGAGCCUCCAGCAGCAGGAGAGGGCGAGUCGUCUGGUGGUCGCCACAGUGAUGAGAAGCUCGGCGUGUGGGAUGGAGAGAAGCCGCCUCCAGAGCAACCCCAUGUGGCCUUCCAGUCCCCUGUGUUGGAGUACAGUGCUGCCCUAGGUCUCGGCGGAGGUGGUCUGUCCCCCUACAGGCAGCCUGCUGCUCCACACUUCCACAGAGCCAUGGACACUCCCAGAUUCCCCUUGUUCGCUCCUCACCCCCCUUCAACACUAGCCGAGGCCUACAGGAACCCAUACAGUGACACCCAUCACUACUAUGGCAGUAGAAACCUCCUGGAUCCAAGCAUACCCUACCACGGGCAGCUGACUGUGCCUGGUGCUGGCCUUCCCAUGUCCUACUGGAACAUCCCACCAGGGGGAGCCAUCCCAAGCCAGCUGGAUAGCCACAGCCCCCACAGUCAGCAUAGUGGAAGCAGCUUCCCCGAACCUCCAGCCCACUCUCCAGGCAGGCCCAGCGGUGAGGCAGCAGCCGUCGAUUCAGGAGCCGGGCUGUUCCCUUCAGAGAGAUCCAGACCCAUCAGGGAGAGAAUGCUCAGCUAUAAAGAGGCUCUGAAACAGCAGGAAGACUUCAGGAGUGAGGGGAGCAAGCUUUAUGACCAGAUCCAGGAGCGACAGGAACGUCGGCGUCUGGAGAGAGAGGAGAGGGAACGCUUCGAGGCCCAGCUGGAGGUGGACAUGAAGAACCACCAGCCCUGGGGUCGUGGUGGCGGAGGGGCCCCACUCCGAGACAGCACCGGAAACCUCAUCACUGACCUCAACCAGAUGCACAAGCAAAAUGAAGAGGCCUACAGCAACCCAGAGCAGUGGCAGAGGAGAGCCACGGCUGCCAUGACGGCACGCCAGGUGGAGCACCCCGAUCCCAGUGACAGGGUGUCUGGUUUCACCCAUGUACACACCCCCCAGUUUGCCAGAGGCAAUGUGUUUGCCAACCAGCCCACCCAACAGCAGCUCCAGGAGCAGGACAAGUACAAAGCCUACCUCAAACAGCAGAUAGAGGAGAAACGUCGUAAAAAGGCUGAGGAAAGAGAGCGGAUCAGACUGGAGGAGGAGAAAGAGGAGAAGAGGCUGGCAGAGCAGAGGGCUCGCAUCCAGAGGGAGUACGAGGAGGAGCAGGAGAGGAAGAAACGCAAGGAGAUGGAGCAAAAUGCCAAGAACGAGGAGCUGAUUCAGCUGGCUGAGCAACGGAGGAAAGAGGCCGAGAGGAAGAGGAAAGAGGCAGAGGAGAAGGAGAACGCAUCGCUGAGGAGACAGUAUGAGAAGGAGAGGCAAGCUCGUCUGGAGGAGGCCCACAGGGAGCCCUCCCCUCCAAUCCCCACCCUGCAGAGGAAACAUGGGCUACACCGGUACACCCCCAGACCUCCCACUGCUGACAGCCAACGCUCUCCCGGUCCUCUGUCUGAGCGCUCUCUGUCUGGGCUCGAAUCCCCUCCAGUCCCUGCCUGCAGAAACCAGCUGCGAGCCGCAGAAGAGCAACGCAACGUGUUCAACGAGCUGUCAGCGUUGCGCCAACAGCUGCGCAGUGAACAGAAACGACUGGAGGGUCGUCUGUUGCAGGCCGACUGGGAGGAACUAGACUCCCCUGUGGAAGACAGACAUCAGGAGCGCCCCCUUCUGAAUGUGUUUGACAUGGCCAGGUUGCGGCUUCAGGCUCCGGUCCGAAGGCCCGCCUCCAGCAGCGCAGAGCCCAGGAACCUGCUGCGAAUCCAUGACUCCCUGCAGCUCAAACUGCCUGAUGGUGAAUCCAGGGCGGGUUCCAGUGACGUUCCCAAGCAGGACGAGGUGAGAGUGGGCAACAGGACAAGGUGGGACUACAAGGAACCACACCGCCAGUUCAGCAGCCAGAGGACAACCGCCCAGGAUGAUUAUUUGGACCUGUCCCCACCUCGGCAAAAUCACUAUCUGAGGAGUGGGGCAGGAGACUGUUCCAGAGGUUCUCUGCUGGAGUCAGAGAGCGCCUUCAUCGAGCCGCUUGGUGAUGCCUUUCCAGUGCCUGCGACCCCAGAGCCACAGAGGACCCCCCAGCUGUCGGCCAGGGAGAGAAGGAGGCUAGCCAAACAGGCACAGCCCCCCCAGGAUCGACUUGCCUCCAGGGAGCCCAUUGACAGCCCCAGAGCCCCAGAUAGCUACUCCCACCAAUCAGGGAGCAGGCUAAGGCGUGAGGCGGGCACAAAUGGAGAUGGGAGGAGUCGCUAUAGGUCAAGAAGGCUGAUCGCUCUCAAUCGUCAUGGCAACACAGCAGGACGAGGAGACAUGUCCGAUGAUGAAGACAACUCUGCCCCUCUCCAGAUUUCUCUUCACCAUCCUAGCCACCACGGCUCUGAGGAAACGGUUGCCACAGAUACCUGGCUGCGGCCGGGCACGUCGGACACGCUGAAACGUUUUAUGGGCGGCCCAUCAAGGAGGGAACGCCUGAUGCAGGACUCCACUUCCCGAGACUGGGACGGUCCCUCCACCUUUCCCAGCUAGCUUCUACCCAGAAUAUCCCCCUCUGUCUUUGUAUGAUUUUAUUUAUGGCUUCGCUGAAGAUGCUUGAUAUGAAUGUCUGCAGGGCUUAGUGCUGAGAAAUGAUACCAAUUAGUAUGCACUGAUUUUUGGUAUCAUUGUUUACAAUAUCAAAGACCCUCCAAAUUUCAAAUCCUGACAACGAAAACUGAAGUCUUCUUCUUAUGGGCAUUAAUAUUUUUAUUCCUAAUUUAAUAAAUUAUAUUUUCAUUGA